AUGUUUCACUGUCGUACAACUAUGACUGAUUUGAAAGCCUUAUUUUUCUCCAACCAGACAAAGUGGGGAUCACGCGGUGCCCAUCCUGGAAGGGUUGGCCACUUCUCUGUUUACGCCACUCUGAGUUGGGCAUGGAAAACAGCACUCUGUUCGGCAAACGAUGGUUCGGCAUACGUAACACAUGUCCCAACCAACGCAGCUUCUGGUGCUGGACACAUUCUUCAAUGGAAGUACCCGUUUGAUGGAGCUAUACUGGAGAGUGUCCAGCGACACUCACAGAGUGAGUGUGGUAAACACAGGGGGAUCAGCUUGACCCCGGUUGUAACGAGACUGUUGGCGUCAAUUAUGCUUCGUCACUUUAAGGUAACUCGCGAGAUACUGACUCGAGAGCAGCAAGCGGGAUUCCGGCCUGGACUGGAUGACUUUGGUCAGUUCGCCCGAAAAUAUCUGCGCCUUCUCCUUCUCUACGAAGAUGAGAUAGAUAUCGUUUUCAUAUUUCCGAUCGACGAAGUACUUGUUUGA